UCUCGAGCGUUCCGACCUUUGCAAAGGAAUCGCUUCGCGGCCACGGAGGGAAAAAGGCAGCGUCAAUACAGGAAAGCAUGCUAGCAUACAUGAGCCUGGAUCAACAAUAUUUUGAAACCUGCAGAGAAGUAAAACAACCUGUGAACCCAUUCAUAAAGCACAUUCUCCAAGAAGUGGCACUCCCUGAUGAAUCGUUGACCCAAAGGGUAACUGUGAAAAUAGCUGGGAAUAACCGCUUGGUACCUGUGCAGAAAGUGACCGAUUCUGAUUUUCAAAUCCUUGCAUCUGUCUUUAUGAACAAUGUGUUUCUUACAGGGCUGGACCUAAGAUACAAUCUUUUAACUGAUGCUGGCGCAGCCCACAUUGCUGCUUUCAUUCAGGAUAAUCGGACCCUGCUCUACCUCAAUCUGAUGUUCAACGACAUUGGUACCCUUGGAGCAGAAUUCAUAGCUAAAGCAAUGCACAGGAACGAAACACUGUGUUACUUAAGAAUGACGGGCAACAAGAUUGAGAAUAAAGGAGGAAUGUAUUUUGCAGCUAUGAUGCAGGUGAACUGCACAAUAGAGAAGUUAGAUUUUGGAGACUGUGACCUGGGUACGCAGAGCAUGAUAGCUUUGGCAACUGUUUUGCAUCACAAUGAAUCAAUUAAAGCUAUAAAUCUCAAUAGGCCAAUUCUGUACAGUGAAGAAGAAGAAACCACCAUCCACAUAGCUUCCAUGCUGGGAGUCAACUGCACCUUGGUGGAAUUGCAUUUAUGUAAACAUGGAAUGAAGAAUUUUGGGAUUGAACGUCUGUGCGAUGCCUUGUACAACAAUAGCACCCUCCGAUAUCUUGAUGUCAGCUGGCUAGCAGUGACGUAUAACAACAUAUCUGGGCCAGGAUUGGUGGCACUUUCAGAUGCCAUGAAAAUAAACCCUGUCCUUUCGUACAUCUACAUCUGGGGAAACAAAUUUGAUGAAGCUACUUGUGAGGCAUUUGCAGAAUUGCUUCAGAGUGGCCGUUUGAACCCCACUGGAACAGAUGUUGAGCCCUAUGAAGUGGAUGGACAUAUAUAUCUUGCUGAACUCUCUCAUGGCCUUAAGCGCCAUUACUACUGGACGCCAAGUUAUGGAGAACCAGAUAACGAAGUUGAAAAUGCAUCCUUAGCAAUAAAUCCUGUUACAGAACAUAUAUGAAUAUAAUUCUCCCCCCCCCCACCCUUUCAGGAGUGUUUUCAUGUGUGCACCUUGCAUUUAACACACAUGAGCACUUUAUAAGGUGUUUGUAUCAUAAUCACGACAACAAUCAAUGCUGGGAAUCUGGUUUAUUCCAACAGUGGGGUCUCAAUGCAGCAACAGCUCAUCGGAUUGAAAGCAUUUAUUUUGUAGCUUUUGUGUUUGUAAGUGUGUAUGUUGUAAUGAUCAUAAAUAUGCUUUUUAUA